AUGACCAAGGAUGAUCAUGGUGACGAGAUCUCUAGUGGAGAGACUUUGCCUUCAAAAGAUAAAUGCAAGCAGAUCUUUUUGGGUGGUGUGGACAAGAGGACCCAGUUUUGGCGCUACUUUGCAGGGAACCUGGCAUCAGGUGGUGCCGCUGGGGCCACAUCUUUGUGCUUUGUGUACCCCCUUGAUUUUGCCCGUACCCGUCUAGCAGCUGAUGUGGGCAAAGCUGGAGCUGAAAGGGAAUCCAAAGGCCUUGGUGACUGCCUGGUUAAGAUCUACAAAUCUGAUGGGAUUAGGGGCCUGUACCAAGGCUUUAAUGUGUCAGUCCAGGGCAUUAUCAUCUACCGAGCUGCCUACUUUGGCAUCUAUGACACUGCAUCUAUGACACUUCCAGAUCCCAAGAACACUCACAUCUUCAUCAGCUGGAUGAUUGCACAGUCUGUCACCGCUGUCGCUGGCUUGACUUCCUAUCUCUUUGACACGGUUCGCCGUCGUAUGAUGAUGCAGUCAGGACGCAAAGGAACUGACAUCAUGUACACAGGCAAGAUCGACUGCUGGAGGAAGAUUGCUCGUGACAAAGGAAGCAAGGCCUUUUUCAAGGGUGCAUGGUCCAGCGUUCUCAGGGGCAUGGGUGGUGCCUUUGUGCUUGUCUUGUAUGAUGAGAUCAAGAAGUACACAUAAUUAUG